GGCCUUUGUCUUCCCUCUCUCUCCCCUCGUCCUCCUCCUCCCGCUGUCAGACAGUGGCAGUCUGGAGCUCCAUGGGGAGAGAGGGGGCCUCGGGUCGUAUGAAAGCCCAGCGGGGGCAGCCUGGCUGGGGCCUGGCCUGGCUGGAGGCCCUGAUGAUGGGAGAGCUGGAGAGAAAGAGUGCAGAGGUGCGUGUUGCAAAGAAAGAGAAGGAGAAGUUGCGGCGAGCGAAGGAAGAGCUGGAGGAGAGGAAUUCACAGCUCAAGCGACAGCUCUCCAUCGCUGCGGAGAUGAUGACCGAUCUUCGACGAGAAGUGAUUGAGAAACAGAGGGAGCUGACCUCGAAGGAACGACAGGUGUGUGAGCUGAGUGUGUUCCUGAGAGACACGGCACUGAAGGAGGCCGACGCCAAGCUGCGCCUGCAGGAGUUUAUCGAGGAGCUGCUGGAGAGGGCCGAGACCGCCGAGACCCUCCUGCUGGACCAACACACACAAGCGCAAUCACGUUACGCUCGCGCACGCUCACGCUCACACUCCCAGUCUCACUACACUCCUGUCCUCACCCACCAAACGUACUUGCGCUAUGCACACACCCCACACUGCAGGAGCUCUGGGGCCGGGAUGAAUGGGAGCUACCAGAGGAGUCAGAGUGUCUCUGUUGUGUCGGGACACACGUAUCAGCAACAUGUGUCUCCUGAUAAGAGGUGGCCGCGGGGGGUGAAGCGGACCCUAUCACUGGGCUCAUGUAUGUGCGAGCGAGGGUGUGUGUGUGGGAGGAGAUGGUGUCUGUGCGAGAGAGGGUGUGUGUGUGGGAGGAGAUGGUGUCUGUGCGAGAGAGGGAGAUGGUGUCUGUGCGAGAGAGGGUGUGUGUGUGUGAGCUCCGACGAGGGAGACGACUCAUGGUCAGCUGACACCUCAGAGCUGAGUUUGUGGCCACACACACCGAGCAGAGAUGUCUCUCAGGCUGUCUGUCCCUUCUGCAGUAAGCCGAGCCGCUCUCUGGAGUGUGUGUGUAUAGCGCUGAGGUGUGUGUUUGCGUACCUGGACGUGCACACACUGCUGAAUGCUGCUGAGGUAUGUCGGGCAUGGAGGAACGUGUCACGUCACUCAUCGCUCUGGAUCCACGUCACCCUUGAGAACACACACAUCUCCUCUACACUGCUGGUCAGCUUGUCGCGCUGUUGCAACCAGACACGGUCCCUCACCAUGCGGAGCCUCACCGCACCCAGGCGUCACCACACGAGCGCGGAAGAACACUACAGGAACACACGGGGGUGUCUGGAGUCAGGGUUAGAAGUAUUGCUAAGGGCGACAGGGCGAAGCCUGAUGGAGCUGAACGUGUCCGACUGCCCCAACAUUCUAACUGACCGCUGUGUCUGGCUCGCCAGCUGCUACUGCCGUUCGCUACAGACACUCACAUACAGGAGUGCGACCGACCCUGUGGGGCCAGAGGUGAUUUGGGCGUUGGGUGCAGGCUGUAGGAACAUCACCUGCCUCCAGGUGGCGCCACUACAGCCAUGUCUGCAACCCAGCCGCUUUGGCAACCGGUGUCUUCAGCUGAUAGGCCGAUGCUGGCCAGAGCUCAGUGAGGUCGGAGUCGGAGGCGUCGGCUGUGGGGUGCAGGGACUGGCCUCAUUGGUGAAGAGUUGUGUGUCCCUCAGGAGUCUGCAGCUGCAUGGUGUGUGUGAGGUGAGUGUGUCUGUGGCGCAGCAACUGUGCAGGGAGGGGCUGCGUUGCCUGGAGACCCUGGAGUUCCACUCGACCCCCGUCAGUCCAGACGCGCUGCUGCACUUUCACAGCAUGUGUGGCCAGCUGAGACGUGUGUUAGUUCAGGUGAGCAUCAGUGACUACUUCCAGGACCCUGACAGAGAGGAGGCCCACAGACACUUUAACCAGACAGUCAACAAAAUGCAGGCACUCCAGAGUUCUAUCCUCUCAGGAAUCCUUCACCUCAGGCUGGACAGGGGCUCAUCCAUGGAGGGCCAAUGAGGUUCAGCUCAACACUGUGCCACAGACCAACAGAACAUAUCAAACCCAACAAUGUCUGUUGACUCAUCACUACUCACUGUGAUAAGCAAUCUACCUUGUGUUAAAGAUGUCAAAGAAGUCAUCAAACUCAUCACUAAUAACUGCAAUGAACAAUAUAUAGCCUAAUGCACACAGAGGAGGUUGAAGUCUGAAGUCUGGUUGAAGUCGAUACUCAUUGAUAAUCACUGUGAUAAACAAUCUUCUUUGAAUUAUCGAUUUAGCAUAAGCCAUCAGAUUCACCACUAAUUACUGUGAUAUAGAAUAUAUAUUUUAAUGUCCGUAUGCAGAUGCAACAGAAGUCAAUCAGAGUGAUCAAUAAUCACUGCGACAAACAAUCUAAUUUUGUACUACAGAUGUCAUCACACUCAUCACUAAUUGCGGUGAUAAACAAUCUAUAGCAUAAUGUUUACCAGUUGCAACAGAAGUCGUUCAGACUGUUGUGGACUAUCUGUUUUGUUGGUGAGUGAUGGCUAACCCACCGCCGAUGGUAUGUUCCAGAGUGGGUAGCAUUGCAAACAACAAGCAUCAAUAGCUCCAGAUGCCAUACUAACAUCUCCAGAGCAGAGCUGGGACGUGAGUGAUUAACUUGAGAAGCACUUUAGGCUUUUAGUCACCUCAAACACUGUCUGUUAUUACAAAACUCACUGCGUUAGUCUUUUUAAAGGCACACUGAAAAAAAAGACUAAACCUGUCAUCAACCUCCCUCUCAUUUAUGGACUCCUGUAGUAUAGUUUUACUGAUACUCCCUUCCAAAGUUCUUUGUCCCCUUUAAAACUGUUACAACCUGUUUUUCUGCCAAAUACUAGUGUUCCGCACUAAAGUACAACACAUCUAUUUAAAGUCAUACAAGGCCAAUGCAACUCAGUAGAGCAGCUCUGUUCUGUCAGCUAAAUGUCAGCGUCUGUACUGUGUGUUGAGAUAUCUCCACUGUGCAAUACUACAGCGCUGCUCUUUGAUGUGGCAAUACUAGAGCUGUGUGUAAUCAACUGCACUACUCAUGGUUUGAGCGGAGUAGAGCAGCUGUGUACUACAUUACUUCAGGCUAGCUUUGCACAUAGGACUCUAGUUUCUGUGUUCUGAGGCAGAAAAGGCGUACUUGAGUCAACACAAGCUCACCUUUAAUCAACAUUUCAGCUGUACUGUUGUGGUCUAUGGGGCAGCUGUUCACUAAACUACACUUGGACAUCAAGACAGUGGUUGAGGGGUGGUAGUCAUCAGCUAGAUGUGAGUCCACCUUGUAAUAAUAUGUACAAAUUGUGGGAGGAUGCCAUUUAUUGGAAGCCUGUUCAGAAACAAGUCUGUUUCAGAGUUGACUUGAAUAUGUGCAGGUCAGGCAGCCACAUAGCUGCACAUGGCUGCAUACCAUGCACAGUCUGUAAGUGUGGAAGAUGCAUCACUGUAAGUGGGGCAUGUGUACUUUGCACACUAAAUUAGCUGUAAUCUGAGCGGGCGCCACUGGCUGCCAGUUACAGUUCCGGAUAUCACAACCCCACCACCAGACUAGUCACCCACCUACCCAUCCAUCCAGCCCCCCCGUCGCCCCCAAGGCCUCAGCCACAUACCUCUGGACCAGCCCCCACCACUAGCCUUAAGGGCAACCCAAAUUCAUAACGAGAUCAAACGAAAGUUUGGAAUGACAGUCUGUCAAUCCUUCAAUUUAGGGGGCUGAGAGUACAAAUAUGGAACUGUGACCGAAUCACACUUGCGCUGACUUCUGUGAGGUUGGUGCUACAUUCAGGAAUGUGAAAGGGAAAGGGAUAUGCAGCAGCUUUUUGGCGUUUUUGGCAUGCUGAGGGCAGAACAGCUGGGCUUUGUCAUAUCUAAGAGGGCAUAGUUCUUGCGAAGCACUGCAGAUGGUGCUGUUACUCUCAAACUCAAUAAACAAUAGGCUUAAAUGAACAGCUGCUCAUGGCCAACAACUCUCUCUGUCUCUCUCUCUCUCCCAUUCUAUCUUUUUCUCUGUCUUGUGUUUGUCACUGACUUUGACACUGACACUGGCUGUUUUUGCACACUCUCUCAGAGACACAUUCUACACAAAACCUAUCAAUCCAUCACAAGUAUAUUUGCCCUCUUCCCACACUCUCUCUCACACACACAAACGCACUUAUAAUGGGAUAGGGCAGUGGACUUAUGAAGGGAAUAUGAUACAGUAUCCCUCUCAUUCAAGUAUAUGACGUCAUGCUUCUCCACCAAAUAAUAUGAAAUCCUCACAAACACACAUUCAAACACAUGCACACACACAUUCACACAUACCAGCUGCUACCCUCAGGAAACACUACAAAUAACUCAUAUCAAUGAUCAUACCUCAGACUUUGAUCAUAAUGUUUUAACAUCCUGGUUCCUAGUCUAUCUGUUAACUGCACAUACACGUGACACGUACCUCACUCCUCUCCUGACAAGUCAUUUCUCAUCUCACCUCUUGUACAUUUUUUACUUCACCUUAGAGGUCUGUCAGUUUCAGUACUUUAAGUGUUUUAUGACUUUGUUCUCCUGUUUCUGCCUCCAAGCUCUU